GAAUGCCUCAACAACGGAAAACAAAUGUCAGAGACGUAUUAGCUGCAGAUCCACCAAAGAUUAUUAACAAAAAUGGCUUACGUUGCGUCCUCCCAUAUUACUACGUUUAUCAAACUUACGCGAAGGAGCGUUGGUUUGGCAGGAAACUAGUUGAAGUAUGUACGACGGAAUUCAGAGACAGGUCGAAAAGCUACUAUGAAUGGGCUAUUCAGUCUGGUAUCGCUACGAUCAAUAGAGAGAAGGCAACACUCGAUUCAGCUCUUAGAAAUGGUGAUUUGAUACAAAAUAAAGUACAUGCUCAUGAACCACCGGUGGUAGCAGAAUUACCUGUCAUUAUAUACAGGGACGACGAAAAAGGUUGGCUUGUAGUGAGCAAACCUGGUUCUAUGCCUGUACACCCUACAGGACGCUAUAGAAAGAACACCCUGCUCGAAAUUCUCAAAGACGAACAUGCUAUCGAAAAUUUGUACUGCUGCAACAGACUCGACAGGCUGACAUCCGGUGUAAUGGUUAUAGGAACUAAAAAAGCCGCAGGAUCGCAACUUGGUGCAGCAUUUAUGAAGGGAAGCAUUAAGAAGGAGUAUAUCGCUAAAGUAAUUGGUAAAUUCCCUGACAGAGAGGUCGUAGAUGAGCCAAUUAUUACAGUUGAUCGCCAAAUGGGCUUAGUUAUUAGACAUAAAAAUGGUAAAUCUGCCAAGACGAUAUUUGAAAGGAUGUCGUAUGAUGAAGCAACAGACACAAGUGUUGUGUAUUGUCAACCAUUGACUGGACGCACACACCAGCUGCGUGUUCACCUUCAGUACCUUGGACAUCCUAUUGCGAACGAUCCGCUCUACUCUGGGCACGACAUAUGGGGUGAAAAGCGCGGAAAAGGCGGUUGGCCUGCUUAUUCAACUGGAAGAAUCCUCGAUGAGAUAUACCAGCAGAAGAAAGAGCAGAAUGCACCAAUAGAAGUACUCGAAAAACACAUGGCUGAGGAUGACAAGCAGCUGGUGCGGAGUGACCAGGAUAUAGGCUUCAACAGUCCAGUUGAACUUGAUGAAGAGUACAAAGAGGUCAUACGUCGUUUACGUGCUCAGAAAGAUGAGAGUGAUGGAUGGGCAAGAUGGAGAGAUGUACUAGGUUUUGAUAGUAAGAAGGCCAAUGAUGCUGCUGAAGAGAAAGAAAAUUUGGAGAAAAUUACUCAAGGUUUGGGUGGAUAUUGUCCUACGUGCUUUAUACCGCUUAUCGAAGACCCACCGCGCGAGAAGUUAUUCAUAUAUCUCCAUGCGACCCGUUAUACUAGUCCUGAAUGGUGUUUCGAAGCACCACUGCCGAACUGGAUCGACGAGCAAGGUAGGGAUUGGUGGGAGGAGAACAACGAAGUUCGCAAGAGUGAGAUACAGAAGGCUGUAAAUGAAAUGGAGUAGACUGGAUAGAUGCAUGUUAUUUAGAAAAG